GUAUCCAUAGUCUAAGUGUCUUUCACUUACAAAGAGUUUUUCAUAGAAUUUUUUUUAGAUUGCAUUCAUUCUAUUCUUUCUGCUAACGUAAACAGAUGCACUCACACUGUAUCUCACACCCCAUGUAUCCAGUUCCUCCAUCAAUGAAGGAAGUGGGUUCAAUUGUUGUUGGCAGUUUUCUUUGGCAACCGCCGUACGAGGUUACAGAUUCAGAUUUAGAUUUAGAUCUAGAUCUGAUACUAGAUCUGAACCCAUUAUGAGCGAAUUUACCCAGCUACAUAUUUCAUUCCUCAUAUUCUAUAUAUAUCCUGUCCUACAGUUACAGUACUGCGUAACUGCUUUCCCCAUUCCAAACCACAAACCCACAUCGCUCUCUACUCAGCAGAUACUUGCGAGCUUCGUGUUUCGUCUGACAUGGAAAUCAUUUCAGAAGCGCCCCUGCCCGAUGGCAACAACGGAACCAUUCCAGUGCUUGGCUUCGGCACCGCUGUCUGGCCUCUCGGAGGCUCCGAGACCAUGCAAGAGGCCAUCGUCCAAGCAAUCAAACUCGGCUAUCGCCACUUCGACACUGCGGCGAUAUACGGGUCCGAGCGGUGCCUCGGCGAAGCCAUAGCCGAGGCUCUGCGGCUUGGCCUCAUCCAGUCCCGGGGCGAGCUGUUCGUCACUUCGAAGCUCUGGUGCAGUGAAGCUCACCCCGGCCGCGUCCUGCCCGCGCUGCGAAAUUCUCUCGAGAGGCUUGGAAUGGAGUAUGUUGAUCUGUACCUUAUACACAGUCCAGUGAGCUUGAAGGCAGAGGCAGGCUUAGAUACGCAUUUCAACAAGAAGGAUCUUGUUCCCAUGGAUUUCAAGCGUGUUUGGGAAGGCAUGGAGGAGUGUUACAGACUUGGCCUUGCCAAAAAUAUUGGAGUAAGCAAUUUCUCUUGCAAGAAGCUUCACCAUCUUCUUCUCACUGCAAGUAUCGCUCCUGUUGUGAAUCAGGUGGAGAUGAACCCACUUUGGCAGCAAGCAAAGCUGAGGGAGUUUUGUAGAGAAAAGGGCAUUCAUAUUACAGCAUACAGUGUCUUAGGAGGCAUCGGAACAGCUUGGGGAAGCAGCAAAGUCCUUGAUUGUGAGGUUCUCGGAGAGAUUGCUCAAGCCAAGGGAAAGACGGUUGCUCAGGUUUGCCUGAGAUGGGUAUAUGAGCAAGGGGUGAGCAUGGCGGUGAAGAGCUUUAACAAGCACAGACUGAAGGAAAAUAUUGGCAUAUUUGACUGGAUGCUAAGCCCUGAAGACUGUCGAAAAAUUGACCAAAUUCCACAGCAAAGAAUUUUUCCUGGAGAUAUAUACAUAUCGGAUGAUGGCCCUUUUACAUCUUAUGAGGAGCUCUGGGACGGCGAGGCCAGUACACGUUCCAAGAAGAUGCCUCCAAGAUGUCAACCGGCUUUGAAUGUCGACCAACAUGCAGAGGAAACUAAUCAAUUACGUCAACAGAUCGAGGCUUUAACGGCGGGACUGGAGGCAAUUCGCACACAGCAAGAAGAAUUCAUGGCGACUGUUCUUGGUCAUUGUCGUGAACAAGCACACCGGGAUCAACCUAGGGAUGGCACGGCGGAUGACGAAGUGCGACGACCACCACGACAGCAACACCAAGGGUUUGGAGUGAUGGCUCCUUCCUUCGAAUCGAGCACUGAUGAUGAUGAAGCUACUAUCAACAACCCUUUUGCGCCUUUGAACCCAUAUUGGCGUGAUGUGCGUUGGGGUGGCGCGGAUGCAAGACGUUGGGACAGUGGAUUUAAACUUGAUUUGCCUAAAUUUCAUGGUGGCUUGGAUCCUGAGGAUUUCUUAGAUUGGUUAGUGGCUAUUGAAGAACUAUUGGACUUUAAAGAAGUGCCAGAAGAUAAGAAAGUACCCUUAGUCGCCACUCGUUUGAGUGGUCGUGCGGCUGCGUGGCGGCGGCAAUUAAAGGCAAAUCGUGCUCGUUAAGGCCGUUCUAAAAUUACUUCAUGGAGUAAGUUCAAGAAACAUUUGAAAGUGGUUUUUCUUCCUUUUAACUAUUCCCGUCUUUUAUAUAAAAAAUUCCAUAACUUGAAGCAAGGUUCUCGGUCCGUUGAUGACUAUACUAACGAAUUCUAUCAGCUCUUAGCCCGUACCGAUGUCAUGGAGAAUGAUGAUCAACUUGUAUCGCGAUAUAUUGGUGGUCUCCGCAUCACUUAUCAAGAUGUAUUAAACUUCUUUUCCCCUACCUCAAUUUCAGAAGCACAUCAACGUGCUCUUUUGAUUGAAAAACAGAGUGCUAGGCGUGGUUCUAGAAUUCCAGCUUCACUUACUUCACCUUUGGGUGGUCGAGGCAAUUUUUCUCCAGCUGGUGGUAGUUCAACUGUGGUUUUACAGCCUCUUAAUGUUUCUGGGCAGUCUGCACAAUCGAUAAUCAACACUCCAACAGCAAAUAAAGCCAGGGGCAACAGUAACUCGACGGGAAUUUCACGUGGUAUGGGUAAUACCCAAUGUUUUUCUUAUGGGGAAUACGGCCAUCGUCAAGCUGCUUGCCCGAACAAGCCCAAUAGAGGACUUGUCACUGGUGACGAAGAAGUUUUGUAUGAGAGCAAUCUCCUAUUUGAUACAUCUAUUGAAGAAGAGUUACCAGAAGCAGUUCUUACUGGUGAUAUUGGUCCGGCUCCAGUUGUUCGUCGGUUAUGCUGAUCUCCGCGUGACGAUGCGAUUGAGUCUCAACGCAAUCAUAUCUUCCUUUCUACUUGCACAGUCAAUGAAAAAAAUCUGUAAGUUUAUCAUUGAUUCGAGUUCUUGUGAGAAUAUAAUUUCUGAAGACGCUGUCCAUAAGUUAAAUCUACCAUUACAGCCACACAUCCUCGUCCAUAUAAGCUUGCUUGGCUUCAACGUGGUUCUGAAAUUACUGUUGAUCAGUGGGUAUUGCUUCAUUUUUCCAUUAGAAACAAAUACAAGGAUAGUGUUUGGUGUGAUGUCACCCCAAUAGACGCUUGUCACAUUCUAUUAGGUCUACCUUGGCAAUAUGAUCGUCAUGUUACUCAUAAUGGUCGACUUAACACCUACAACUUUAUUCAUGAAGGGGUCCGUAUUGUUUUGCAACCUCCACCAAUGAAGUCUAUAGAUUCCAUUC